GACAGCCGGGCGCCCUACUCGGCUAGCUCUGCUCCCAGCCAGGGACGCUGGCCUUCUCGCGGCUUUCCCCCGAUGUCUCUCUUUAUUCCAGCUGCCUGAAACUCGGUCCCACGAAUGGCAGGCAGCGUCCAAAAUUCAACCCCGUAAAGCCAGCACCAGCCAAUAAAGCGCACGGAUGGAGGCCACGUGACAGCAGUGGGCCGGCCCUCCGGCUGAGCCCUGAUCUCUAUGGUUUCCGCGGCUCGCUAGAAGGAGUGUGGUCCACUGGAGGACUCCCUACAUUCUUCCUCCAUUACCUCACUGCCUCCGGUGGCUGCUGGGAUACCGGAGGACUCGGGUCCCGGCUCGACUCAGUCCUCCAGCCGCCCGGGGAAUACCUCUAGUUCUUCCCGGCCGCCGCCGCCGCCGCCCCGCCGCUUCCUCCUCCGCCCGCCGGCCUCCUUCGCCCCGCCCCGUCCGCGCAGCGCGUCCGGCCCGCCCGCAGGCCAGCUUCUCUCGGGAGCCCCCACCCAGGCGCAUGGCUCCAUGAAGCAAGAGGAGGAGGCAGAGCGCGAGAGGUCCCGUCCGCCCCAGCCGCGUCUGGGCCAGGAGAAAAGGUACGGGAAGAAGGAAUGGAAUCGGAAGGAAGAAAAUUCAUUCCAGAGACAAAAUAGCUCCCCUCCUCUGUUGUAGCUGUUCCUCUGGCAAUACAAACUUUCUGCUUUCAGGUUCUGCAGCAUUCCAGACCUUGAGCACUGAAUCAGGAUGGGAAAAAGACGUUGUGUUCCUCCACUCGAGCCCAAGUUGGCAGCAGGCUGUUGUGGGGUCAAGAAGCCCAAAUUAUCUGGAAGUGGAACGCACAGUCACGGGAAUCAGUCCACAACUGUCCCCGGCUCUAGUUCAGGACCUCUUCAAAACCACCAGCAUGUGGACAGCAGCAGUGGACGGGAGAAUGUGUCAGACUUAACUCUGGGACCUGGAAACUCUCCCAUCACACGAAUGAAUCCCGCAUCGGGAGCGCUGAGCCCUCUUCCCCGGCCUAAUGGAACUGCCAACACCACUAAGAAUCUGGUGGUGACUGCAGAGAUGUGCUGCUACUGCUUCGACGUACUCUACUGUCACCUCUAUGGCUUCCCACAGCCACGACUUCCUAGAUUCACCAAUGACCCCUAUCCGCUCUUUGUGACGUGGAAGACAGGGCGGGACAAGCGGCUUCGUGGCUGCAUUGGGACCUUCUCAGCCAUGAAUCUUCAUUCAGGACUCAGGGAAUACACGUUAACCAGUGCACUUAAGGACAGCCGAUUUCCCCCCCUGACCCGAGAGGAGCUGCCUAAACUUUUCUGCUCUGUCUCCCUCCUUACUAACUUUGAGGAUGCCAGUGAUUACCUGGACUGGGAGGUAGGGGUCCAUGGGAUUCGAAUUGAAUUCAUUAAUGAAAAAGGUGUCAAACGCACAGCCACAUAUUUACCUGAGGUUGCUAAGGAACAAGACUGGGAUCAGAUCCAGACAAUAGACUCCUUGCUCAGGAAAGGUGGCUUUAAAGCUCCAAUUACCAGUGAAUUCAGAAAAACGAUCAAACUCACCAGGUACCGAAGUGAGAAGGUGACAAUCAGUUACGCAGAGUAUAUUGCUUCCCGACAGCACUGUUUCCAGAACGGCACUCUUCAUGCCCCGCCCCUCUACAAUCAUUACUCCUGACACACGGCUGCAUGACCAGUCCCACCCCCCCGUGGCCACCAAUGGCUAUGACAUCAUUGGAGCAGAUGCCUCCUCUUCCUGGUCCAGUUACUUCUAUUACUGCACCAUUUUAUGAUGCUAGCUUCCGUUGCCAAGUCUGCCUCCCGCUGACUGAGGGAGGGUAGGGUUACCUUGAAUGAAACAGAACUUGAGGGGCCCAAGCCUUAUCUCAGCCUUUCCUCAAUAUGGGGUUCCGUUGGAUUGGGGCUCCUCCAUGACUAGUGGGAAUUACUGUGGGUUCAGAAGACCCUUGUCCGGUAUUUGCCACAUGGGGUAUUGGCCACACGCUGGAAGCUGAAAUUGAUGAUCCCUGAAGGUUGAACCCACACACACCCCUGCAGCCUCCCCAGAUGAAGUAGGUGUAUUCCCCUGGCAGUCUGGGCAACGGAGACCAAGAAACAUUUUUAGGUUGUUUUAAAUUCCUUUUUUUAAACUUCCAGUUUAUUGCGUACCAAGAGUUGAUUACAACCUCCAUGCUUCAUAAGCGGACGCCACGUUAGGGUUGGACGUGGGCACCACGAGUCCUUUGAGGCUCCUGGACAGAGACCCACAUCAAGAUCGGAAGCCCUUUGGGUGGCGUUGCAGAUCUCAUUGCUCAGUAGGCCGUGAAGAUUUUCAUCCUCAUCCCACUCUCAGUUGGAUUUUCUGGCACUCUUCCUGCAUUGAGUCUCCUGAUUACUGAACAGAGCUCCGUCUUGUAGCCUGCUGAGGAAUGGAAUGGAAUGGAGAUGCCCACAGGAGGUCCUGAUGUCAUCACUGCACGCAGGUGUGAGAGGAGAGACCUCUUCUGCACCGCCCGGCUACCUCACUCCUCUGCUGGUAGCAGUGCCUAUAGCUGGACCUAGGUUCUCAGAAGCGUAGAUGUGCAAACAAGCGAUUGAGUUGGGCUUUAGGAGGACACAUCAUAGGAGAGAAUCCAGGGUCUGUAAGCUGGUUUUCUUUUCAGGUGACAUCCUGAGGGGCCUGUAAGCAGGGGAGCUCCUUUUUCUAGUUUGCCUGUAGAGGUGGGAAGACUGUUGGUGUUUCUGUCCUUUACAGGACAUUAGGAAACAGUUGUGUAAUUACACAAGGUGGACCUUUAUCUUGCCUGACAUGCUGGGAAUCUUCACCCCACCAGGGCAAAUUUCCAAAUAGCUCAUUUUAUUCUAGGUCUUUCAAACUUUCAUGUGACAUAUUUCCCUUUCCCAUUGUUGCUGAUUUCCAAAUCGCUGUCAGCAAUUUUUUCCUCUCUCCUUGCCUAUUCUUCACUCAUUUGGUGGCAAAGGUUCAUAGAACUAGGGGACUUGGAAGAUGCUUUGAAAAUAUUGUUACAAAGGCACUGCUAAAAUGAUUCACAGGGAGAGUGGCCAGUUGGAAGAAGGAUCCUAAGGAUGUGACACUGGUUUUCAACAACAUGCUUAGAGAACUCAUGAAGUGGAUUGGGUGUCAACCCAGUGAACAUGUUUUUAUUUAAUUUAUUUUUUGAAGUUUAUGUGGUGAUGGUGUGGCUUUCCGAAAUGGGCAAAUAUUCAGAAGAUCUUUUGCAUUUUCUUCUGCCAGGAAUGGGGAAGGGGAGUGGGGGCACAAUCUGAGAAAGGACACCUGUGCUGUUCUAGGCAUCGCUGGCAAGUUUGUGGGAAGGGAUGGGCAAGGGUGAGUGGGUUUGCUCCACACCGUCCUGUGCUGCUCGAGAGGACCUGGGACGUGCGAGGGAGACGUGGGUGACGGUGCCUAGGCUGCAGCCCUUCACUGCUGUGCUGGGUUCCUGCAGCCUGCUACGUUUCCCUUGGCAAUGUAAAUGAAGAUGGAGGGGUCGUUUCGUGAUUUCCUGCUGCUGAGAAUAAAUGUCUUGUUAAAAACAUGUGGCAACGGUUACUCUUAGGUGCCAUGGAUCGAUGUCAGGGUGGUCAGCUCUGGACUAAGCCACCCACCUCCAAUUUGUACAACAGUAUUGAUACAUAGGGCUACACUCAUUACUGUUCAAGUGUUCUAUGUUAAGAGUUGUGUUUAAUUUCUAAAGAUUAAAAAAAGCAAAAAAAUUGGUGCUAAACCUUCACCCCUGAGCACGCUCAGUGAGACUGGUCAUGCAAGCAUUUACAGUGCCAUGCUCCUCAAGCCGAUUUUUUCUUGUAGAAAUGUUGCCCUAUUUGUCUUCUCCAAUGUAUGGUAUGUUAUUUUAUUUUAUUAUUUUAUUUUAUUUUAUUUUAUUGAGGGGGGGUACGAUACCUGCCAUUUAAGAAAAUGAAUAGAAAAUUUUAAAACCCGAGAAAUGGGGAAAAAAAAAAUCAGUGCACAAGAAUUGGGCUGGUUAGGCCCAGCACCACACUGAAGUGGGCUCAGUGGUUUUUGGAGUGAAGAAGCCUUACUCCCUGCACAUUCCCUCAUGCUCCCACACAAGUCCAGCAAUGGAAAUGCUUGGGUUCCUCUUGCUUUGUCAGGGGACUCAGGAGUCGACCAAGGGAAACCAUUUGGCCCCGUGAGGAAUGGGCAUUGUCAGUAUCCGUCCUGAACGGGGCCUAGUCAGGAAGCGGUCUAGAAGUGUACGGUCAUGGUCGCCUCAUGAAAGUGUGUAGCAGGUGGCUCUCAGGAAAAAUACCGUCUGGAUCAUCCAUGUGGCAGCUUUGCAUAGGGAGAGGAUAGCUCCGAACUGGAACUGAACUGCCUUCUCUGCACGCUUGACCAAAGCAGUGAUGAGGGCGGCCAGUACCUGCGGUGUGCGUGGUAGGUUUAAAGAAAAGGGAAUGUUUUCUGCUGAGUGUUUCCUUUGUCCUUGGGCUGCUCGAGCUGGACAGUAGGUAACCACUGUUUUCAAGGACCAGCCCAAUUUCUCUGGCUUGGUUCGGAGUUCGUUUCAUCCCUAGCUGUGAGUGCCUUUUGGUCUGGAAAGUUGGCUUGUCUCAUAAUACCCACAGCUAGGACAUUCUCUCUGUAAUUAUGAAUUGUCCUUGUUUUACAUUAAAAGAGAAUGUCUUUGAUCACUAGAGUCUGUCGGUGUUGGAUUAUUUCCACUGUGAGAUUCUUAAAACUUUUUUGCUUCAUAAUAAUAAAACAACUCAUGUUAGAGACCCUUUCAACAUGAAAGGUUUGUAGUUGAGACAUUACAUAUAUUUUAUUGUUUAUAAUAAAAAUCAUCUAUACAAAAGAAGUCCUGGGUGUUAAUAUUUUGCACAAGAUCUGUUUUCCAUGAUAUGUUGACAUCUACAAUUUCACUAACUGUUGACGUUAUUUUCUAUUGAGAUUCUGGAGCCUAGGGAGCUAUGUGUUCUUUUUGUUCAUUUCGUUCUUACUUCCCUGAAGCAAGAGACUAUAUGGCCUUCAGUGCAAAGACUUCAGACCAAUUCUUUGUAUUACACUUGGUUGCCUCUUGGCUAUAUAACUUCUGAGUGCAAAUCAUUGAACACUUUAACGAAGUAUUGUAGAGAAUAAAUCAUAAUGGAUAAAAA